AGCCAGAAGAGAGACACGCACAUACCGUGUCACGACGGUGCUGGAGGUGCGUGUCCUGCUCUGCUCCUCACCACUCCUCCAGACACCCCCCCGCGGCUCCGUGUCUCGCCAGCAGCAGUGUGGUCCACGACCCUCCAGAUGAGUAUGGGGUGGCAACAGUAAAAACCUGGCGUGACUACUGGGCGAAACAGCGGCGGCAGGACCCGGGGGAAGGCUAGGGCCGGAACGGGGAAGACGGGUGGCAGGUGCCGUCAGUGUGGGCCAGGCGGGCGUGGAGGCAGGCUGCUCGCGUCUCACCAACAUCUUCCUGCAGAAGUACGCACUUCUCGUCGCCAGCGUGUCUGCAAACCAUCCAUUAAUCACACUUAUAUUUAUGUAUGCCACAAAAUGUCGUCAAAAGGAAGAAACAGCAGCAAGCAUAAUUGUUGAAACUUGAGGAUAUUGACCACUGCCACCACCAUUGUAAAGUACAAAGCUUGUACUGUAUUGUUGGUACAGUGGUAUCUUGGUAUCAAGACAAGCAACGUGAACUACCACUGUGACUUGUCCAAUUUUGUAUAAUCAAGAUGUUGGGAGCUCACUUGGCUCGGCUGGGGUUAACUGCAACACACAAUGUGGUGCACCCCCACCACUCGCUGGCCAAGGCCAUGCGGAUCGUACAAAUGGCACAUUCCUCUUCUAGCAUAGAAUAUCGACCCAUCAAAUCUGUCCUAGUUGCUAAUAGAGGUGAAAUUGCUAUAAGAGUCUUCAGAGCGUGCACAGAAUUAGGCAUUAGAUCUGUUGCCGUUUACAGUGAGCAGGACAAAAUGCACAUGCAUAGACAGAAAGCAGAUGAAUCGUACAUCAUUGGGCAAGGGCUUCCACCUGUCGAUGCUUACCUAUGUAUUCCAGAAAUAAUUAGAGUAGCAAAGGAAAAUGAUGUAGAUGCUAUCCAUCCUGGUUAUGGUUUCCUCUCUGAACAAUCUGAAUUUGCACAAGCUUGUUUAGAUAAUGAUGUUCGGUUCAUUGGGCCAUCGCCUGAGGUUGUGAAAAAGAUGGGUGACAAAGUGGUUGCUCGACAGAUGGCAAUUAACGCAGGUGUUAACGUUGUCCCGGGAACUGAUUUGCCAGUAACUUCACCUGAAGCAGCACACGAUUUCUGUGUUAAAUAUGGCCUACCAGUAAUGCUGAAAGCUGCAUAUGGAGGUGGAGGGCGUGGCAUGCGAGUGGUCCGAGAGUUGGCUGAUGUAAAAGAGAAUUUCCGUCGAGCAUCUUCUGAGGCUGAAGCAGCUUUUGGAAAUGGGGCAAUGUUCAUUGAAAAAUUCAUUGAAAAGCCUCGGCACAUUGAACUGCAGAUUUUGGGAGACAAGGCUGGAAAUAUUGUACAUCUCUAUGAACGUGAUUGUUCUGUACAGCGUAGACAUCAAAAGCUGGUGGAGGUGGCUCCUGCCCCCAACCUUGACCAAAGAGUUCGUGAGGCAAUGGCGGCUGAUGCUGUUAAACUGUGUAAGAGUGUGGGCUACGAGAAUGCUGGUACCGUCGAAUUUUUGCUAGACAAUAGAGGAAAUUAUUUUUUUAUAGAAGUAAAUGCUCGACUUCAAGUGGAACAUACGGUCACUGAGGAAAUUACUGGAAUUGAUUUGGUGCAGUCUCAGAUCCGUGUCACAGAAGGUAUGACUCUCCCAGAGCUUGGCAUGACCCAAGAUAAAAUUACUCCCCAGGGAUGUGCUAUUCAGUGCCGUGUCACAACAGAAGAUCCUGCCAAAGGUUUUCAGCCUGAUACUGGUAGAUUGGAGGUAUUCCGAAGUGGCGAAGGUAUGGGUAUUCGCCUUGACGGUGCUUCAGCAUAUGCUGGGGCAAUCAUUUCGCCAUAUUAUGAUUCCCUCCUUGUGAAAGUCAUAUCUAGAGCUUCAGACUUGCAUGCCUCUGCUGCUAAAAUGAAUCGUUCCCUCCGUGAAUUCAGAAUACGUGGUGUAAAGACCAACAUUCCCUUCCUCCUCAAUGUGUUGGAGAACCAGAAGUUCCUCAAUGGCACCAUCGACACAACUUUUAUUGACGAACACCCUCAGCUCUUCCAGUUUAAACCAUCUCAAAAUCGUGCACAAAAGCUUCUCAAUUACCUGGGGAAUGUUUUGGUAAAUGGCCCAUUAACCCCUCUUGCUACGGGCCUUAAACCUGCUGAAGUCCAUCCUGUGGUACCAUCAACGCCUGCUGCUACUGAUCCUCCACGGGGCUUCAGAGAUGUACUUGUUGCUGAAGGACCAGAAGGUUUUGCAAAGGCUGUCAGAAAUCACAAAGGACUUUUACUAAUGGACACAACCUUUAGGGAUGCCCACCAGUCUCUUCUUGCAACUAGAGUCCGUACUCAUGAUCUCCUAAAGAUCUCGCCAUUUGUGGCACACAACUUCAAUACACUGUAUUCAUUGGAAAACUGGGGAGGUGCCACUUUUGAUGUGGCACUUCGGUUCUUGCAUGAAUGUCCUUGGGAGCGACUGGAAUCAAUGCGAAAGCUUAUCCCCAACAUUCCUUUCCAAAUGCUCUUAAGAGGAGCCAAUGGUGUUGGAUAUACAAGCUACCCCGAUAAUGUUGUUUACAAGUUCUGUGAGUUGUCUGUAAAAUCAGGAAUGGAUAUCUUCAGAGUUUUUGACUCCCUCAAUUAUCUACCAAACCUUAUGCUUGGCGUGGAUGCUGUUGGUAAUGCAGGUGGUGUUAUCGAAGCUGCGAUCUCAUAUUCUGGCGACAUCUCUGACCCCAGCAAGAAAAAGUACACUUUGGACUACUACAUGAAGUUAGCCGAUGAACUAGUUAAAGCCGGGACACACAUUCUUUGUAUCAAGGACAUGGCUGGGCUGUUGAAACCACGAGCAGCCAAGAUGCUCAUAUCUGCCUUAAGGGACCGUUAUCCUGAUCUGCCCAUCCAUGUUCACACCCAUGAUACUUCUGGUGCUGGUGUGGCAUCAAUGUUAGAAUGUGCUUAUGCUGAUGCCGAUGCUGUUGAUGUUGCUGUCGAUUCCAUGUCCGGAAUGACUUCUCAGCCCUCUAUGGGUGCCAUUGUUGCCAGCUUGAUGGGACAUGAUCUCGACACUGGAAUCCAUUUAAAUAACAUCAGUCAGUACUCUGCAUUCUGGGAACAAACUCGUACACUUUAUGCUCCAUUUGAAUGUGCAGUGACCAUGAAGUCUGGCAAUGCUGAUGUUUAUCAGAAUGAAAUUCCUGGUGGCCAGUAUACCAACCUCCAGUUCCAGGCAUUCUCUCUUGGACUGGGUGAUCAGUUUGAGGCAGUGAAGGCGGCAUAUCGAGAAGCUAACUACCUUCUUGGAGAUUUGAUUAAGGUAACACCAUCAUCAAAAGUAGUGGGAGACUUGGCCCAGUUUAUGGUACAAAACAAACUCUCGGCUGCUGAUGUUGAAGCAGGGGCAGAGAAUCUCAGCUUCCCCAAGUCUGUCAUUGAAUUUAUACAAGGAUAUCUGGGCGAGCCUUACGGGGGAUUCCCUGAACCACUUCGUACUAAAAUGUUGAAGGGCCUACCAAAAGUGAAGGGACGUCCUGGAGCAACAAUGACUCCCAUGGACUUCACUGCAAUAAAGUCCAACCUUACUGAGGAACAUGGACACCGUAUUUCAGAUUAUGAUGUCCUGAGUCAUGCUAUGUAUCCUAAGGUGACAGAAGAUUUCCUCUUCUUCCGGGAAAAGUACGGCCCUGUUGAUAAGCUCGACACCCGAAUCUUUCUUACUGGCCCAAAGGUUGGUGAAGAAUUUGAAGUACAGAUCGAGAAAGGAAAGACCUUGCAUAUCAAGACUCUGGCUGUGUCUGAAGACCUUAAUGUAAAUGGUGAACGAGAAGUGUUUUUUGAGCUGAAUGGGCAACUUCGAUCAGUAAUGGUUCGUGACCAAGAAGCUGUGAAGGAACUACAUGUGCAUCCAAAAGUAACGCCUGGUGUAAAGGGACAAGUAGGAGCUCCUAUGCCCGGCACUGUGGUAGACAUCCGUGUGAAAGUUGGCGAUGAGGUGAAAAAGGGCUCCGCACUAGUAGUCAUCUCGGCUAUGAAGAUGGAGAUGGUUGUUCAAGCCCCAUGUGAUGGAGUUGUUGAUAGUGUUAAUAUCACAAAGGACAUGAAGCUGGAGGGAGACGAUUUGGUGCUCACUAUUAACCCUAAGUGAGGGAUGUAUAAAUGUUUGUGUAUACUAUAGUAGAUAGAAAUAACUAUAUGGUGAUGAGCAUAUUGAACAUUGUCAUUAAAAGUUAAAUUUUGUUUAACAUGUUAAAGCAGUAUCAGUGUCUCGAGUAUUUUGAGGCUACUUUACAACAGACAUUUAAAUUACUGUCUAUGGUUAAUUACAGUAAGACACUUAAAUUAUGAAUUGGUGAUAAAUUGUAAUUUUAACAAGAUUUUAAGCUAUGUAAAUUAAACUUCAAUCAUUGUUAAAAUUUAGUUUCAGUGCAGAACUAUAUAUUUGAUAAAUUUUUAAUUGCACUGAAAAGCAGUAGUUUUUGUUUUUAAAUUGUUUUGGUAUUUAAUCUGUUGAUGUUUCAAAGAACUUUAAUUUUAAUGGGUUAUGAUAACCCAUGCACACGUGUACUUUUUUUUUGUGCUGGCACGUGCACUUCCCUUGCACCCACAUCCAUGCGUUUAGUCUUUAACUCCAUUUGUGAAUAUUAUAAGUGAUUACUGGUAGCUGGGAAAAAAAAGUUUGGCAAAUAGCUACUUCACACAAAGCUAAAGAUGUCACAUUUUUAUGCAUUUUAUUAAUUUUUUCUUGUCUUCCUUUCAUCCCCACAGUUUUAGAAGCGUACAUCGGUAGUAUUGAAUUAAUUUAUUUAAUUUUAAGGAGUCCUCAUCAAAUUGUUAUUGUCUAUUAAAGACAACUGUAGAUACAAUGCUUGACAAUGCAAGUGUGACUGGGACAAGCUGCACGCGGCUGCUGACCGUCUUGUAGCUUGUCACGUGUGCUAGUUGGCUAUCAGUAAGUCGCUUACUUUUAUUAUUAUAGCAGCUCUGACCUCAUUGAAUGUAAGAUUUAUAAUAAUCAUUAUUAUUAUUAAUAAUAAUAAUAAUAAUAGUAGUAAUUAAUAUUAUUAUAGACUCCUCAGCAAUGUGUAAAAUUAAUUUGGUAAAGAACAUUUGCUACUCUUUUUGAAGCUCAAAUAUGGACAAAGGCUGUGUUUUUUAAAAAGUAAGACAUGCUUUAUUUUUUAUUUUUUUCUAAGCAAUACUCGAUUGCAUUAUACCAGAGAAGGUGUUCAUUUUAAUUUUAAAUAUCAAACUAAAGUAGGCACCAUGUUCCUACUGUGAUACAUACUUGAGGUUAGAGUUGUAAAAGAAACUUGCUGUAAAACUGCACCCUUGGUUCUGUUUUAAUUUGUUCAGUGGUGUGGCUUUGAGGAGUGAAGUUAUGGUCGUUCACCUUUGUUAGUGCACAUAAAAUAUACCAAGGCAACAAAAUUAAUGGUAUCUUGCCAUUUGAACUGAUGUAAAACAUCUUUGUGCUGUAUAAACCAUUUGGACCAUGCUGCUUUUCCUCUUAAUGUAGAGAUAGUUAGCGUCUCGUAACUUCAGUAUUGUAAUGAUUCGUAAAAUUGUGAACUGGUUAACAAAAUGCAUUGAUUGUUUAAUUCUCAAUUUAAGUUUUUAAGAGCCUUGGAAUGAUCUUCCAUGUGGUAAAAAAUGUUUUGUAUUCAGGAAAGUUAUGAGGUCUAACUAUGCCGAGGUGUUUACAUUCCAACUUUGUGUUGUAUAGAAUCUUUCUUAAAAGAUUUCCUGUGCAAAAUAAAUUAUUUGCUGCUUAGGACUAUUAAUGCGCUUGCAUUAAAGUAAAGCCUUGAUUAACUUUUUUUUUCUUUAAAGGCAGUUUCUCAACUUGCCUUUAAUGUGGUUCCAUUCGGUAGGUAACACUUUGGUUUGGUCAAGAUUUUGAGUGCAUACACACUCGUCAUACAAACACUGAAUUUUCUCUACCUACCCCUUUCAUAGACGGGGGCCAUUACUGCACAUUUUGCAGUACAUAAUUCUUGUACUAUUUUUGCUUGCACAUUAUCAAGGUUUGCAUUAAUUUUGUCAUUGUCCAGUCUGUUACAAUAAUUUAUAAUUUUAUAAGUAUUUGUUUUGUAUUACAAACUACUGUGCAUAACUAUUCAAUCUAAAAAGCCUGUAGACCUUGGAGAGGUAGCUUCUCUGUAAACUUGUCUUCCUGGAGCAAUUAAUGACAGGCUUAUGUGAUAUGUAAACUACAUUAGACACAAAUUGGAAAUUUAAGUUGUAGUUAUAUUACUGUCUUAGGUUAGGAAUAUAUUACAGAAAUGACUAUUAUGCUAUAAACAGAGGGUUCAGGU